AUGGCCCUUUGUGGAUCUAGGGAUGCACGAUUUCGUGGCGACAGAGCAAGAUCGUACCAAAUGUUGUAUGAGUGUCGCGCAGGUGCUUACCUGGGGAUGGAAUAUGGCCUUUCCGAGCUCAUCACAUAUUUCAAGGAACUCUUCGAGAUCAUUUACUCCUUUCCUUAUCCUUAUGACGACUUACGUCAAUUCUGGGCAGAAACGGUCAAGGCCAUUUUAGAUGAUGGGGCGAUCGACUUGUUGGCCAAAAUGUGGGAUCUGUCAACAGGGGGCUUUAACUACAAGAUUAGUGAGUCAAAGCUCGCUCCGAUAAUUACCGAGAUUUCCAGCCGCCAUGAACUACUAGAUUGCCUGCUACCAUCGGCAGCUUUUGAAGAUGGUGCAAAAGAAAAGUCGUGGCUGGAAGAGCAAUUCGACGAAUGUGCAAAAAUCCACGGGUCUGCCAACGCCACAACCAUUCGUUAUGCUGAACGUCUUGGUUCGUUACUGGUAAGCAGCGACGAUCCUAUUGAAGCCAGCAAGCAACGUCUCUCCUGA